UACCUUUCGUUCGAGCAGUCCCGAAGAGCCUUUCAGCGAAAAAGCCGAACUUUGACAGCUUUCUAAUGGUGAAUGUUGACAGUGGAUAUGAAAACAAACAGAAUCCAACUAGAAUCACCCAUAUUGUUGAUUCAUUGCUCCCAAGCAGCUCGCCAGAGAAAAACCAAACAAAAAUCAUGUUCCAUUAGCUGCAACUGUUCCAAUGUAAUCGUUACGCAUUCACGCAACCAUAAUGCACACACAUACUGCCAGCUGGCAAACCACCAUCUCACCAGCGACCAGCGUCUUCGAACACCUUCCUCAGGGCCAAUCUUUAUCGCGACCGCAGUACUACGGUGAGCAACGUUACCGCUGACGGGACGCAAGCCAGAUAAGCCUCCCAGCCAGUUUGAUAGUGCGCUUCACGAUGGAAGACAUACCGAGCUACAUUCCGGACAUUCUCGAAAAUCCGAUUGUGCAUUUUACGCAACGGUACGACUGGGACUGUGGGCUGGCAUGCAUUUUAAUGGUUUUGGACCGUCGGCAGCGGCAAACCUUUCUGUCCCAGUUUCAGCAGAUCUGCGACGAGGGUCAGUUUGGCAAAAGCACAUGGACAAUUGAUUUGUGUUACGUUUUGAAGGACUUCAAUGUCCCGCACCGGUACCUCACGAAAACGAUCGGUGCGAACCCGAACCAUCGCGUUAACGAUUACUACAAAUCCUACACGCUGGAUAUGCUGAGGGUAAAUAACAAAUUCCGCUACGCCGAGCAGAACGGGGUCGAUGUGCGGCAGUGCACCGUCAACUAUCGCUUCCUGAUCGACCAUCUCGGCACGUACGGCAACAUCAUACUGCUCAUCAGUGCCUCCCUGCUGUACUGCGAUCUGUGCAAGUUCAACAAGCUGCCUUGCGAAAUACGCUCCUGCCUAAGCAUUACCCCGAGCUACAUGGGACACUACAUAGUGCUGUGCGGGUAUAAUAAAAAGCUGCAAAAGUUUAUGUAUCGCAAUCCUGCCUGCAAAGACAGGGUAUGCUACAUUCCGUAUCAAGCAUUGGACAAGGCCCGCAAAGCGAACGGCACGGAUGAGGAUAUUAUUCUACUGUAUGACAAACCAACAUGACAACAUACACACCAACACCCACCACCAGCGGUCGAGCGGUUUUUGCAGACGAUCGGGCUAAAAACUGGAAACCUGUUCUAGUCUGCAACGCAACGCGCAGCAAUUGUUGACAAAUAUUAUUUUUUUGUUUUAUGUACCAUUUACACGUCUCUAUAAAAUUUUACUUCGUUUAGAAACACUCACAACACA